AUGCUACGUAUUUAUAUAAUAUUCAUUAUAUUCUAUAUUUCAUUGACAUUAUCAAUACGUUUAAAAUAUCGUGAAUCAGUUAAAGAAAAUGUUAAUUUAUAUUAUACAAUAACAUCUCUGGAUAAAAUGCUUUCUGCUAAUUAUCAGCAAUCAAUUGAAUUUUUAAAUAUAAAUUCUCCAUAUACAACAUAUUUUCUUGUUGAUGGACAAAAACUACGUACGAGUCGUUUAAUUGAUCGUGAAGAAUUUUGUCGAAUUAAAUUAUGUGAAAAUUUCAUAUGUCAUCCAUGUGAAAUAUAUAUGGAUUUUGUUUUAAAAGAAAAUGGUCAACCACGUGAUAUUAUUUCAUUAAUAUUAACUAUUGAAGAUGUUAAUGAAUUUCGACCACAAUUUUUAGAUAAUUCAAGAAAUGAUCAAAUAAUUCACUUGAAUAUUAGUGAAGGCGUGCCUGUUGGACACAUGUUACCCAUUCUAAGUGCAACAGAUAACGAUGGUGAAGAUGAUGAACUUAUUUAUUGGAUUGAUAAAGUAAAAAAAAUUCCAUUCGAACUCGUUUCUUUUGGUUCUAAUCAAAUUGCUUUAAACGUUACUGAACCUUUAGAUCGUGAAAUACAAGAUUUUUAUGAACUUAAAUUAACAGCCAGUGAUCGAGAAAAUCUUACUACAACAAUAUCUAUUCAUAUUUCAAUUAGUGAUAUUAAUGAUAAUGUUCCAAUAUUUGAUCAAUCAAAUCCUUAUCUAAUAAAUAUAUCUGAAAGUAUACUUCCAUCUUUAACUAAACCUCUUCUUCGUAUUCAUGCAUUUGAUAAUGAUUCAAACGAAAAUAGUCAUAUAAUAUAUAAUUUUAGUUCACAAGCAUCCGAAUUAGUUCGUCAAACAUUUCAAUUAAAUAGUCAAACAGGAGAAUUAUUUCUUAUUCAAUCACUUGAUUAUGAACAAUAUAAAGAAUAUCGUAUUCCAAUAAAAGCACAAGAUUCAGGUCCAGUAUCUGUACCUGUUUAUACACUUAUUAUAAUAAAUAUUGAAGAUGAAAAUGAUAAUAAACCAACAGUUAAUAUUCGUAUAUCAGAAUAUUUUCAAUUUAUAAAUAAUACAUUAUAUAUAAGUGAAGAAACACUAUUAAAUACAUUAUUAAUGCAUAUAUUAGUACAAGAUUUAGAUUCAAAUUUAAAUGGUAAAGUUCAAUGUUGGAUUGAAUCAUUAGAUUAUUUAAAAUUUAAUAUAACAAAUACAAUAAAUAAUAUGUUUUCAAUUUAUACAUCACAAUUAUUUGAUCGUGAAAAACAAUCAAAUUAUUUAUUUCAUUUAAUAAUUGAAGAUUUUGGUUUAAAAAUUCAACAUAGAAUUAAAUAUGAUUUACAAUUAAUUAUAACAGAUAUAAAUGAUUGUUCACCUAUAUUUAAUCAAUCAUAUUAUAAUAUAACAAUUGAAGAAGAACAAGAAUAUAAACAAGCAAUUAUAAAAUUUCAAGCAUAUGAUUAUGAUUUAAAUGAAAAUAGUUAUAUAACUUAUGAAUUAAUAUCAAAUGAAUAUAAAAAAUUAUUUUAUUUAAAUAAACAAACAGGUGAAUUAUUUUUACAAGAAAAACUUGAUCGAGAAUUUAAAUCUAAUUAUAAUUUAACAAUACGUGCAUAUGAUCAUGGAAAAUAUCCAACACAAUUAUAUACUGAUAUAUUAUGUUAUAUAAAAAUUUUAGAUAAAAAUGAAUAUAAACCAGAAUUUGAAAAAGAUAUUUAUUUAUUUCAUAAUAUUGAUGAAACAAUUUUAAUUAAUACAUCUAUUGGUUUUAUUAAAGCAAAUGAUCGUGAUGAAAAUAUAAUUAUUUAUUCAAUAUCAUCAUUAAAUUUUAAAAUUGAUUCAUUAACAGGUGAAAUAUUUGUUAAUCAACAACUUGAUUAUGAUACAAAUGAAUCAUGUGAAAAUUUAUUUGUUAUAGCACAAAAUUCAGAUGGAUUAAAUUCAACUUGUCCAAUUGAAAUAUGUCUUCAACCAAUUAAUGAAUAUUCACCUGAAAUAGAUUUUCAAUCUCGUUUAAUUUAUAUUAAUAUUGAUAAUACAAGUUUCAUACAUAUAAAUGCAUUUGAUCGUGAUCGUUCACCAUUGAGUUUUAUUUCUUUUCAAUUUGAAAAAAUAUCAUUAAAAUGUAAUUUAACAUUUUUAUCUAAUGGAACAAUAUAUAUAAAUAAAGAUGAAUUUUGUAUUGGUAUUAUUGAUCUUUUUAUAUCGAUUAAUGAUAAUGAUCAAUAUCCAACAUCAAAAAUAACAAAUGAAACUAUACGUUUAGUUUUUUAUUCAAAUAUAAUAACACUUCAACAAAUACUUUUUUCAUCAAAUUAUAAAUUUGCUGUUGAAAUUAUAAUUAUUUCUAUGAUAUUAAUAUUAAUAUUAAUUAUUUUUUGUUUAAUUUUAAUUAUUGUAUAUAGACAACGUAAACAAAUAUUAUUAAAUAAAUCAACACAAUUAAAUAUUAUUAAAAAUCAAAUUGGUUUUACAGAGAAUCAUAGUUUACUUAAUGAUGGUGUUAUAGAUGUGACAAAUAUUACAUUACAACCAAAUACAAAUAGUGAUACAAGUUCGUCAUUUAAUGAUUCAUGUUAUGGUUCAUCAGAAAUGGAUGUAUAUCAUCAUUUAACAGGAAAUAAAUUACCUGGAAAAAUUCUUAUAUCAUCUGAUGAUAAAUAUAUUUAUCUAAGUAAAGAUCAAAAUAAUAUAAAUAAUGAUGAAAUAAAUUCAUCAUCAUCAUCAUCAUCAUCACCAUCACCAAAUGGUAAUAAUAAUACUAAUCUUAUAACAAGAUAUCAAUUAAAUAAACGUACAGGAACAAUACAACAAUAUCAUACACAAUUAAAAACAUCAAAACAAAAUUUAGAAUUUUUUCAAAAUAAUAAUGAAUAUAAAAAAAUACUUAGUUCAACAACAAAAUUUAAUUAUAGAAAUAUGACACCACUUAAUGAAUAUUAUCUUUAA